AUGGAUUUUGUAGCGUUACCCAAAAUCGAGCUUCAUGCUCAUCUCACAGGCAGCAUCUCCCGCCAAACCCUUCACGAGAUAUGGCUCAAGAAGCAUGCCGCUGGAGAAACAGACCUAGAAGAUCCUCUACUCGUAAUACCAGAGGGAAAGCAUGAUUACAAUCUCGAAACCUUCUUCCCCCUCUUCAGCAAAUACAUCUACGCCCUCCUCACAGACGAACCCUCCCUCCGCCACGCCACCACAUCCGUCCUACAAUCCUUCCUCCUCGACGGCGUCGUCUACCUCGAACUCCGCACAACCCCCCGCUCUACCCCGUUCCUCUCCACCACGCAAUACAUUUCCAUCCUCCUCGACACAAUCUCCUCCUUCGAAACCUCCAAUCCAUCUCUUCAUACGCGCCUCAUCUUAUCCAUCGACAGACGGCAUGACUUCGCCACCGCUUCGUCAAUCCUCGAUCUGGCGCUUUCUUUGCCCGAAAACAUCGUGGGUCUCGAUCUCUGCGGUGAUCCGGCGGCUCGUCCUGCGGGCGAAGUAGGGCUAUUCACGCCCUUGUUUGAAAAGGCAAGGGAGGCUGGGUUGGGUAUUACGGUGCAUUUCGCAGAGGCGGAGAGUAGUGCUUCGCCGGAGGAGUUGAAGACUUUGUUGAGUUGGAGACCGCAUCGUUUGGGCCACGUUAUUUGCGAAGACGAAGAUACGAAGCGCGAGAUUGCGCAUCGAAAGGAUGAACUGUGUUUGGAAUUGUGUUUGAGCUGUAACGUGCACGCGGGAAUGGUGAAGAGUGGGUUUGAGGGCCAUCAUUUCGGCGAGUGGAGGGCCGUUGAGGGCGUCAAGGUGUCUUUGGGAACCGACGACGUAGGCAUCUUCGGCAGCCCCCUAUCCAACGAAUACCGCCUCGUUGCCCAACACUUCCGCCUCGAUAAAUCUCAAAUCUGCGCCCUUGCCAGAGAACCCAUCGAUCACAUCUUUGGGGGCGACGUCGAAAAGGAGAGAUUACGACAAAUCAUGUGGCCUUGA